GGCGAUGUGUCAGCGCGAGGCCGUGUGAGAAAUGCCGAGGAGAGUGUCUGAGGUGGAAUUUUCUCAAAUGAUCCACUCCUGUGCAGUGUGAGCGAUUUCUGGUGAACAAGUGCCCUCGCAUCUCCGCUCAGGAUGGCCUCACGCGGUGGUCCAAUGGUCACCGGCACGGACGGCGCGGAUUUUCAGCACCGUCAGCGUGUCUCUGCCAUUUACCAAAUCAGUGCAAUCAACAAGUCCCGCCUCAAGUACUGCAUCUUCUUCCACUACCUGCUGUUCUUCGCCAUGCUGGCGAAGCUGUGCUCCGACAUCCUGGAUCGCCUGGACGUGUUCGUGCUGGAGAUUGAGGAGCUGCAGGUGCCGGAUCCGCUCUGGUGGGAGUACAUCUGGUGUCUAUCCAUCGUCACGUCGUUCAUUGGCCUGUCGGCGGCCAAGGGGAACCGCAUCCGGGAUAUGCAGAAGUACAUAGUAGCCCUGGGCGUCCUGGGCGUCCUGCCGCUGCUCUACGGCCUGGUCUACUACAUGAGUGACGUUGUCGACUACCUCACGUUCGACAGCGACGGCGACACGGACAUCGAAGACACUGACAUCGUCUUCUGGCAGGGAAUGCCCUAUGGCCUGCUGUGGUACGCAUUCAUCCUCGUGGGAUUCCAGAUCCACGGGUUCUCUUUCUAUUUCGCGUGGAACCUGAUCAAGGCCUGGCAAUCCCGAAGCGCCGCCAGGAAAGUACAAUAGAAAUGCUCAGCGACUUGACCACAACAACGUUCCUCUCGACAGAGAAUGCAGAAAAAAAAGUGAAGAAAGCAGAAAUGACAUGGAAAAAAUGCAGUUCAUCUUUAGGAAUUGUUCUAUUAAGAAUAUUUCGUGUUCAAUGUUUCUAGAUGUUGUCGAAAGAAAAGUUGUAAUAAUCCUUAUUAAUAAGAAAAUUGUUGGGAAAAUUAUAUUAUAUGAA